AAGUGCGCUUCGGGAUUAAAAAAGGAUCACAAAGCAGAAACAUCACUGAAAGAGAAAAAAUAAAACUAGUGAAUUGAAACUUCGUGAACGUUUAUCGGUGACCAUUAAUGGAAUGUCAUCGCGAGGGAUUGACGUGACAAAUUGUCAUCAGUUUCUUCCUUUCGCCCGGCUUUACGGAUAUAAACAAAUUCAAGAUUCAAUGAGUACUUUUUAAAAUGGACAGAAAAAACUUGGGUGUAUCGCGAAUCUUCGUGUGUUGUUCCAAUGUCGUCUUUUUGAUAUCGGGUUUCGCACUGAUGUCAUUAGGAGCAUUGUUGUUAGCCGACGAUGAACGUAUUUUACUGUCGCGUUUAUUGGGACCAGGAGACAUACAUCCUAAUCAACCACUGUUUUACUACCUGGCAUUCGCCAUCAUUGGACUGGGAUUCUUGAUCACUCUCACGGGUAUCUUAGGAUGCUGGGCGACUUGUAUCUACAAUCGAUGUGUCACAAUCUCUUAUCUCAUCACGAUAAUCCUGCUGCUACUCGGCGAGUGUACAGUCUGCGUUAUGGUGGUGUUUUGGCCUCAUGUGUUGGGUAUCGAUGUCAGAACAGCGAGAUUGAUACGUGCUCUGCAACGCAGCUAUGCUGUUCCUGGUCGAGAACAAUUCACAGCAGCCUUGGAUCUCGCUCAGACCACGUUUGCUUGCUGCGGUAUCAACGGAAGUAGCAAUUACGGCACCUCGUGGUGGCGGCUGCAGGAAGUCGGCCGAAGAGAAUUAGUGGUGCCUCUCAGUUGCUGCACCCUGAAUAACGCCAACCAAACCGACUCCUUCCUCAACCCUGAACCUGCCAAUCUUACUCUCUGCCAGGCUUUGAAUCCCGCCGAACAUCAAUACGCACGACACACCACAGGUUGUUUGGAGAUGCUCGAGAAAUGGACGCAAGAUCAAGCACUGAUACUCCUCACAGUCGGAUUAGCAGUGAUAUUCGUAGAAGUGGGUGCUCUUCUGAGCACCUUCUUCGCUUGUUCGCGCGGAAAUAGAAGAGCUAAGUCGCAAGCGUCGACGUUCACGUCCACGCAAACACUCAGUCCUUUCAGCGAGAGCGAUCAUGAUUUCGGGUUGGGGAUCGAGAAUCGAAUGCACGUAGCUGGUACGACGUUCGGUGCCAAAUCAUGAAGGUGGCUAGAGGGCAGUGAGGGUAAAUCAG